CAGGAAGAACCAUGAAGUGGCUGCUCCUUCUUUCCUUGGUGGCGCUCUCCGAGUGCACCACCUACAAGGUCUCGCUCACCAGAAAGAAGUCCUUGAGGCAGAACCUGAUCGAGAAUGGCAAGCUGAAGGACUUUCUGCAGAAUCACCAAUACAACAUAGGCAGCAAGUACUUUCCCUCGGAGGCCACCACCUUGAUGUCCGACGAGCCCCUUCAGAACUACCUAGAUAUGGAGUACUUCGGCACCAUUGGCAUCGGAACCCCCCCCCAGGAUUUCACCGUCAUCUUUGACACCGGCUCCUCCAACCUGUGGGUGCCCUCCAUCUACUGCUUCAGUUAUGCCUGCACCAAUCACCACCGCUUCAACCCGCAGGAGUCCUCCACCUUCCAGGGCACCAGCAAGACGCUCUCCAUCGCCUACGGCACCGGCAGCAUGACAGGCAUCCUUGGAUACGACACAGUCCAGGUUGGAGGCAUCUCCGACACCAACCAGAUCUUUGGCCUGAGUGAGACAGAGCCCGGCUCCUUCCUGUACUACGCUCCCUUCGACGGCAUCCUGGGUCUGGCCUACCCCAGCAUCUCCUCCUCCGGGGCCACCCCUGUUUUUGACAACAUGUGGAACCAGGGUCUGGUUUCCCAAGACCUCUUCUCCGUCUACCUGAGCAAAGAUGAUGAGAGCGGCAGCGUGGUGCAGUUUGGUGGCAUCGAUUCUUCUUACUACACGGGAACCCUGAACUGGGUGCCUAUUUCUGUUGAGGGUUAUUGGCAGAUCACCGUGGACAGCAUCACCAUGGGUGGAGAGCCCAUCGCUUGCAGCAGUGGCUGCCAGGCCAUCGUUGACACCGGUACCUCUCUGCUGGCCGGCCCAACCAAUGCCAUUGCCAACAUCCAGAGCUACAUUGGAGCCAGUGAGACUUCCUACGGCAGUAUGGCGAUCAGCUGCUCCAGCAUCAACAGCCUGCCCGACAUCGUCUUCACAAUCAACGGCAUCCAGUACCCUGUUCCCCCCACGGCCUACAUCCUGCAGAGCCAGGGAAGCUGCUCCAGCGGAUUCCAGGGCAUGAACAUCCCCACCGCCUCCGGAGAGCUCUGGAUCCUGGGUGACAUCUUCAUCCGCCAGUACUACACCGUCUUUGACAGGGCCAACAACCAGGUCGGCCUGGCUCCCGUGGCCUGA